AUGGCGUCCAAGUUCCCAGGAGAAAGAGAUGAAAAGGCCAAGCUACACACUAGAAAAGGUCAUGACAUGACAUGGUCAUGUGACAAACACGGGGACCCAAUCAAAUUUUACUGCAAAGAACACAAAAUCCCCGUUUGUCAUCCAUGCGCUACUAAAGAGCAUUGCCACAAACCAUGUGAGCUAGACGACAUCGAGGAUGUCAUCUUGGAGAGGAGGAGGAAACUGGAUGACAAGCAGCAAGAGAUAGAGGAAAUGAAAAAACAAUUGAAAACGCUUGACUCUAAACUAGAGUUCACUGUAACCUCUGCAAGUAACCAUUUUCAAUCAGUCAACGAUGAACUUCAGGUGGCAUUCGAUGACAAAUUAAAGAUUGUGAAAGACAAGGAGAAACGAUCGAUUCGUUCGAUCGACGAGGAGGCGGAUAAAGAAAUACAAAUAAUUAACGAAAAGAGGGAAAGGCGGAUCAAAUCAUGUCAAGAAGAAGCAGAACAACAACAACGACCCAUCAGAGAAAGCCUAGCCAAAGUCGAAUCAGAAACAAAGGCAAUCAGCGAGGUGGUUGCUAAAAGGGUAAAAUAUAUCACAAGUAAUAGUCAGCAUGCAAUCAGCACUAUGGAUAAUGCUGACGCUAAGAUCAAACGAAUCAAACAAGAUGACAAAACAUUGGUGAAUGAAGCUCUGCAAGUACUUGCAUCCCUAGAUGACAUUUUGAAUUUGAAAGAUGUUAGCGACUGUCUUGACGGAAUACAGCGCGAGGUUCAGAAAGUAAAGUUUUUCGAUGGUGAGGUAGGCGGGGAACACUACGGGAGAAUUGACGGCUUUAUCGGUAAAUGGGAGCUUGUCAAGUCAAUUCAGAUUCCAUCGAUUGUUAAUGACCCUUUGGUGCGUGGUUUGAUCAGUGACGAUGAGAUAUGUGUGCGGGACGUAAUGAAUGAUAACAUGUAUGUUACAAAUAUCAGAACUGAAAACACACAGAAAGUCAUUGGAGGAGAUCGUAGCAUGUAUAUUACGUCAUGCGCCCCCAUAGACAGCAACGUAAUAGUAUGUGGUAAGGGGGGACGAGGCCGCACGGGUGGAACAUCCGAUGGAGGCAUCACUCUCUAUGACAGGCAAUGGAAGGUGAUUAGAGACAUCAGCAUGCCGAGGAAUAACCGCUCUGAUACUACUAGUGUGCACAUUGAUGUUGACAGGGAUGGGAUGAUCCUCGCUGCUCUGUACAAUCAGUCUAAUAUCUACGUCAUCAAUCCUGCUGAUGGUAAGAUAGUAAACACUAUUACGAAGCAGGGCAAGAAGUUGGUGGGUAGUAAGAUACAAGCCUUGUCAUCAGGUGAUAUCAUUAUGACGACAGUCGAGUGUAGUGAAUUCACUGUCAUCUCACGAUCAGGUGAAGCGAAAGUUGUCUUAAACUCUGAUGAGUGGUUCCAGCCACGGUGUCACUUUGACAAACUGACAGACACACUCUACAUCACAUACGUGGAUAGAAAGCGUAAUAGCUUCGCAGUUGAUCAGGUGUCAUGUGAUGGCAUCAUCCAGGCAAGGAGGAUCGUGGAAUACGCGGAAUCAGUCCGGAACGUCAACCUGUACACCAACCCAUGCCUUGUAACUCAUUCUGGUAACCUUGUAGCUUGUGACAGUGACAAGCUUUUUGUGUACAAGAAGAGAUUUAUUGUAUGA